AAAUUGUCGAAAAAUAGGUUCCCAAUUAUAGAAAAUGGAUAACGAAUUCCUAGAUAUAUCUACGAGUCUUCGCUUGCAAAUCGGUUACGGCAUCGGGCACGUGUUAAACGAUGUGUGCGCUAGUUUGUGGUUCACAUACUUUUUAGUAUUUUUUCAUUUAGUACUAGAAUUUAGUCCGUCACAGGCGGGAAAGUUAAUGUUGAUAGGACAAGUAGUGGAUGCGGUGUCUACUCCAUUCGUUGGAUACUGUUCUGACCGCACAGACAACACUGUUAGCAUUAGAUAUGGCAGAAGGAAACUCUGGCAUCUAUUUGGGACAGCAUGUGUAUUGGGAUCAUUUCCAUUUAUAUUUUCUGAGUGUAUUGGGUGCACCAUGGCCCACAAGUGGGCACAGAUGUUUUAUUUUGCCGCGUUUAUUAUGAUAUUUCAAAUUGGAUGGGCAGCAGUUCAGAUUUCACAUCUGAGUUUGAUUCCGGAAUUAGCUGAUAGUGAACAUACCAGAACACAUCUUACUGCUGUCAGGUAUGGAUUCACAGUAUUUUCAAACUUGUUUGUGUACAUUGUGACAUGGGUUGUGUUGCAUAUGACUGGAAAAUGUGAUACACAACAAGUAGGCCCCGGGGAUGCUUGGAAGUUCCGGCACAUAGUGUACAUUGUGAUGAGUGUAGGAGUAUUGGCAUCUCUCCUUUUCCACUUCAGUGUGAGGGAAAAGACAAUCUACAGGCGACAGGAACAACUACUUGAACAUGGCAGUCGGGAGCACCCACACACACACAUCGGCUUUUUGAAAAAGCCUGUGAUGUAUCAGGUAGCUGGCAUAUAUAUGAGCACCAGACUAGUAGUAAACGUGGCUCAAGUACUAGUGCCUUUAUAUCUCCACCUGACUCUAGGUCUCGCGGCCAGGUCGCUAGCCGUGGUCCCUUUAGCUAUGUACCUCGGUAGCUUAGCGGCCGCGGGAGUACAGAGGAUUGCUCCGAGAUCCAUUACGAGAAAGAUGUACUAUGUUUUUGGGACGGCGUGUGCUAUGACUGGAUUUUUGUGGAUAUAUUUUGAGCUUGAUGACAAUUUUAAGACAUACUUUAUUUAUGUUGUCGCUGUUUUGAUAGGGUUCGGUGGCGCCAUCAUGCUGGUGACCAGCCUGGCGCUGACGGCGGACCUGGUGGGCGCGCAGACGGAGGCCUCGGCCUUCGUGUACGGCCUCAUGAGCUUCACCGACAAGCUGGCCUGCGGCCUCGCCAUCGUCGUCAUACAGAAUUUUGCGGAAGGAGCGGACUCAUCCUACUACCGCUACGUGAUGGCGUGGGUGUGCGGCGGGGCUGCGCUCACCGGCUUGACGUUAACACUGCUGCUGCCGCGACUUACGCCCGACUUGGAGUCUGUACCGAAUGACGAAAACAUUGAAAAUGUGUCAGAAGACUCGACCACAGCACCAUUAGAAUGAAGGUUUGAUCAAGCAUACCUUAUGCCAGUAAUUAGCACAAUUUUCUCUAGCAAAUUUUAUAGCACAAUAAUCUCAUCAUGU